AUGAGUACGAGAAGCGGGACGAUCUUGGUGUACGCGAUCUAUUCCAGCCAAGACCAUCCUCAAGACCUGCACUUGCAGCUGCUCCAGACCUACGAGGGGUUUAACGUGACAAAACCUGGAACAAGUGGUAGCACUUCAUUGUGGAAAAAGCUGGCAAUGAGCUGCAAAUCUUCUUCCUCGUCGGGGAAAAAGAAGAGAAAUAGCGCCCAAGAGCAGACGUCCGCAGGAACGACAAGCAGCAGCGCGAUCAUGGAGCAGCAGCAAUCAAAAAAAACUGGCCUGUUUCCGACCGACUUUGCACUCGUGGAGAAUUGCUCCGCCGCAAAUGUUGACGACCUGGUGAUCGCCUGCGGCGCGCGCACUACACCAAGCGACACGAACGCCCAGCAGCGCCCACAGUUUCUCCCAAACAGUGGCUGUUUGUGCGUGUGGUCGACCUUGACGAGCAAGAGGCUGAUUAUGUGCGAAACCUGGGAGCUGAACUCAAUCCAUGCGGUUCCGGGAAACUUUGGGAGUUCUAGCCGAAGCUCCGCUCCUACGACCGCGACUUCCCACCUCCUUUUUGUCGGUGGACGGGGCGGAGUCCUGUGUUGGGAAGUCGUCGCUUCACCGACUGCAGCAUCAGCAACGGCUACCGCUGCUUCAAACAUGGGAAGCAACAGUGCUCCGCUGCCGAGCGCCAGUGCGGUUUUGCUUGCAAAGCUGGAUACCGCGUUUGCUGUGACCAGCAUCACGUCGACAAGGGUUUCGGGCACCAAAGCAACCUCUGCUAGUACCACGAGCAACGAUCAUCGCAUAAAUGACGAGGACGCACUCUUUCUGAUUCUGAACGGCAACAUUUGGGUGGAUUUUCGGUUGUGGCUGGCUUCCAGAUUACAACUGUCUGCACAUUUUGCAAGACCGCGGGACUUCUGCCUAGGAAGUUUUUCAUCAUCUCAACACUCAGUGCUUCUACCUGACACGUCUUUCUACCUUGUCUCACGAUCUUCUGGACUGCACACAGCACAGCUGCUUCGCUACCGGACGCAAACAAAUGCUGCAGCUGUCGGCAGCUCGGGGAUGUUGACUGCAGCCACAACAGCUGCGGGUUCCUCUUCACUUCACUUUGAUGUGAUUGACGUAACUCCGCCGGCGCCAUCCUCCAAGACGGGCGGAGAAGCAGCUGCAGCGCAACAAGUGACAACUGGCAUCGACAUUUUGGAUGCCAUUUCGCUGGACAUUGCCGAUUCGCUUGGUAAAUACGCCUAUAACCCUGCUAGGAGGAGGACGACUACAGAACAUGUUGCCCAAAUCGGCGAGAGGUCCUCUAAAAAGGUCACGCUGCUGCUUUUGCGCUUGCGAACGGCAGGAGACACGAGCCAGAAAAGCAGCAUGGUGCUUGUGGUUCUGGACGACAGCGGAGCAACGUCGUCCUUCCCAACUAGUGCAAACGAGGAUCACGAUUUUGGCUCCGGUCCAACGGCCGCGCUGUCGGAUACCAAUCUUGUUCUGCGGUUGCAUGAUAUCGAACCGCCGGACACCAGCAGCUCUCACGCCGCUUCGCCUACGAGUGCGAUCUUUCUCUUACCGACCGGGAUUCUGUCCUUGCGUGAGAGGGACGCGGAGAUCACCUUCCGGCCCAUUGCAUUCAAAGAUCUUCUCCCUAUUUUGCUGAAAAACCACGACCGUCAGCUUCGGAAAAAGGAACUCUCGGCGAGGUCUAAAGCCGGAGCACUCAGCAGUGGCAAAAAUGUCAAAAUGGCUCAGCCUCCUGGGCCUUUUUCACAACACCAGAGAAGAAACAACGAGGGUGCACCUGGAGACCUUCAUCCUGCAACUGCGGUGCAGAAAAAUCUCGCCCAUGGGGAGCUCGAGCAGAGUGAAGACAGGAUCAGAAAGCCUGCAAAGAGGACUACGCGAGGACCCUCUGGAGUUGCACAUCACGCGUCAAGACGACCGAAUAACGAGCGAGCAGAUCAGAGAGAAGGUUUCCGUGAGUCACCUCUUGUCUUUGACCACCAGCAGCAUCAGGAGUUUCACGACGACGACGAUGAAGCGCCCCCCGGUGCUGACAAGGAAGAUAAUUUUCGUUCCGAUAUGAACAAUCCGUACGCAAAAAUGCAGUCGAAAACGAACACUUACGAGGACCUGCCCACCCCCUCCAAGCAGAAACGCCGCGCCCCGAAAAACUUGCAAAUCGAAACAGGGUCACCAAGCUUGGAGCCGGCGGGGAGCAGCUUCGUAUUGGAAGAGCAGCUACAAGGGGGCAGAACUAAUGGUCGUGCUGGCAUCAGAAGACCUGAUUUAUUGCAAGAAAAUAGUUCCGGCACCGUUUCCUCCCCAACCUACCAAUCUGCACAGCAGCUGGAAACGGUCACGCCCGCUGCCUGGCUCGGUUCAACCGUAAGUUCGGUCGACGACGUGCCACCGCGGCUGCGGCGAGCAAGUUCGGCGCGGUCGCGAGCCGGACGUGUAGAAAAUUUUGUCGGCAGUGACAACUACCUGUUCUACCCGGAGCAACAAGAGGACCACUUUGAGGUCGGUGGAGCCGAUUUUUUUCCUCCAAUAAACCGAGAGCCAGACGAAAUGCACAACAUCAAUCCGAAUUAUGGUUCUUGGGGUCGUGAUCGUGAACAAGGAGCCGAGAGCGCACCUCCAGGGUCGGCGGGGACACAAACACUCAUUACACGGGCUGUGCCAGCUUUUACAGGGACCGUAGCGAGGACCACCAACACGAAUGUCGUUCCCGCAGCUGGACAGCAGAAUGCUGCAACCAAUACAAGUAGCAAGGUGAAGUUCCAGGGGGAGUUCGAGUUUCCGAUCGAAGCCGUCCCGACGCCGUUUCUGGACCACUCGGCGGUAUUCUACUGGAUUCCGACUCGCGGGAUGCUCGUGGGCUCGGCCAAUCUUCUGGCAACAACGCCGUUUCUUGGUUCCGCACAAAUAGUACCUGGAGGAGCGGGCGCAACUACUGCGGAAAGUACUAAAGUGAUGAGGACCAACCCACUUCCAGCGUUGAAAGAUCCGCAAGCAAUAGAGCAAAUACGGCCGAGUCGCUUUUCUCCUAACGAUUUCAACCCGUAUGGCUUGCGGUUGUGGCAGAUGUCACCCGCUGCGCAAAACAGAAGGUCGGCUGCUUCGGACUCACUUUCUAAGCCCAGCGAGAAUUCCACACCAACGGACCUGGUUGCAAGGCCAGUGUGGUCGAAACUCCGAGUUUCUGCAACUCGGCCCCGGAAGAUGAGCCGCCAAGAUAAGGAUAAUCCCGGCCUACCGCAACGCGAGGCCUGGCUCGUGGCGCUUCCCAUGCUGCAGUGUGUGGCCUUGCUCAGAGUGAGUUUCCAAGAAACUUUGUUCGUAGAACGAGAACGAGCUUCAUCACAAUUUCAACAUAAUAACCAGCCCGCUGCGAUGUACACGAAGCCACGGGUUUCAGUGGAGUGUGUGCACAUGAUCAGCACUCUGCGGACCGUGUCGGCGAUGCUACUUACGCAGCCGCAGGUAAAUUAUGGAGAAAACAUGGUCUUGAUGCGAGACACAAGGGAGCAGCGACGAGUUGACUUUUUCUCAACAACGAAAAACUUGUCAACAAACCCUUCGCGACAAAAAAAGUUACUUCUGAUUUCAACCGUGUCAGAUAUCCACAGCACGACUGUGGUAGUUGACGACGAGACGCGCACGACCGUCGACGAAGGAACGUCUGCAACCACUAGCACUAACGCGGGCUUGGUGACGACGGUCGACACUGAGAAAAUCGACAAAAUUUCCCUCGAUGUUGACACGGAAAGGUUCUUGCACCUCGUCGCGGUCACUCCGGAGUUUGGCCAAGCGGUGGGCAUUCUCAACAGCAGAGGAGGUUGCACAGACUCCUUCAUGUUGGGAGGUACAACUACCCAGCAGAUGAUCAUCACUAAACAGCUGUCACCAUUGUGCGCGCAAUUUCUCAGUCCGUUGGCCCCCGCUGCGGGACCUGCUGCGCUAACGACCUCAGCAGCAGCAGCUACGAGCAGCCUGCGGUAUCAGCGGGGCGGUGUGGACAUCAACAAAACUCCUACUAGCGCCAAACUGGCCGGUCGCCAAGUAGAACGCCAUUCUGAAAUUUUCAAACUCGAACACUUGGUGGACGAAAACGAGGAAAAACUGGAUCAGCACUUCACGAUUCUGUACGAGGUCUUCCACUUUGUGUGUGUGCGUUUGGUACUCGGCAGCAGCCAGGAGCACGACCUGCUGGCGAGCUCCGAGCAGUUGCUCGACAAAAUCACGCCACGCUCUCCGUCACCCACGCCCCGAGCGGUGGAACAAAUGAAUAGUAGCAGGCAACAAUUGCCGCCCUUCACGCCGCGAUCCGUCUCCCCGUCGACUCCGAAGUUCACAACCCCCCGCGCCAAGACGCUUUCCGCCCGCGACUCGGAAAAGCAGAGAGCUGUUGCUUUGCGGAGGGGGUUCGAGCAGAAUUGCGCCCGGGUCUUAGCGUACGACGGGGGGCUGCUUUUCUACGAGCGGUUAGCCGCAGUGGUGGAGGUCUUGCUGCUGAAGCUGCGGUUUGUUGUUACCGUCGGGGUGGAGUUUUGUGACCUGGCUAAGGCAGAGAUCCGCGAACGGGAGGUCAGAUUGAAGAAGGAAAGAAACGCAAACGCGAAGCGCGCGGGAGGGAGCAUGAGCAACAACCCAGUGGCUGGUACGAGCAGUAGUACCUCUUCUUCGUCGUCCUCGAGUGGGGCUAAGGCAAGCAAGGAGUCAUCGUCAUCCGGGAAUUCGAAUUCGUCGAGUUCAAGCAGCAGCAGGUCGUCUUCCUCAGCAGCUGCCAACGGGAAGAACAAAGAUUCGCACGAGCCCAAUAGCAGCAAUUCUUCCUCCUCAAGCAGCCCUGCCUUCCCGAACUCCACCAGCAAAACGACCUUUCAGGCGUUCUCGCCAACUCUGUCAUCCGCCGGAGCGCAGCAGCAGCAUCAAACUUCUGGCGGAGUGAAGAAACCGAUUCCGAUUUCCAUGAAUCUGGCGAACAAAGGAGCCUUUGGAGUUGGAACGUCAUCACAUGUUGCUCCUCAGCAAAAGACUCCUCAGAGGACUGUUCUGACGCACCCGCUUGCGGAAGCUUUGUCCCAGAUCAAUCAGGAACAAUACGCGACAUUGUCGAAGCAGCGGGAGAAAUUUCAACGAUUCCUAGAUCUGCACAGAAGUAGCUCGGCUCCUGCACCAUCUACGUCCGACGUCGACCAGGGUAUACUGCUGCUGGGCGACUCGCAUAAAGAUUCCAGUCUUCACCCAUCGCUCGCGAAAGCAAUCGCCAGGUUGCUGCUUCUCAGCUUCGAUGACGAAGAGAAGAAAGCAUUCGUGCGCAACAUCGAGUUGCGAGCAAGCCGGUAUGCUGUGGUGGUGGGUCUCGACCAUUUCUUGCGGAAAACGAACCAACUGGAACGGUUCUUUCCCGGACGGGCGAGUCAAGCAAGGGCUGCGGGUGAUCGAUCAAUACGCAGCAGCGCAAUCGAACAGAUCCAGAAGGUGGUUUCUUCCCAGAUCGAGAAAAAGGAGCAGAAAGUAGAGAAAAAACCUGGAUCUUCAUCGCGUAAAAGCAAGUCACAGCAUGCGUCGUCGGGCAACUCCGAGGACGAUGACGAUGACAUUGUCCCGCGCACGAAAAGUAACGACUCCACGGAACAACUCAACCGACAACAAAACGUUCUCGGACAAACGCAACAGCAAGACGUCGCCCCCUUGCUGCUGGGUCUUCUACUGGGCGGCCACAGGAGCUCGAACCUGAAGAUCGGCAAGUCUUUGAAGAAGAGGACUGCAAGUCGUGGCAGACGUUCCAAUGCUUCUGUCUUGAAAAGCAUUCUCGGGUCCAGUUUCUCGCGUAGCCGCGAAAGCGUUGCGUGCCUCCAGUAUUACUUGUCGAUGUCGGUUGUCGACGGGGUUGGUGGUAAACAAGAAAACGAGUAUGGGCAUCAACAGCGACGUCCGAAGCCAGGCGUUUCUGCAAUGGAAAGCCCGCGAUCCGGGGACGUGCAGCGUUCGUUGUCGAUGCUGCCCAUGAUGCAGAAGAACGAAAGGGAAACGCAUGGACACUCUGCGGUAAGUACGGCUGAACAGGUCGUGAAUGCUGUGCGCUCGGCAAACGACUUCGACGUUGGAGAACUUUUGACAAAGAGCGGACUCGUCGCGACAGAAAUGGAAGUACUGCAGCACAAAGAGGCAGGACACCAAACUGAGUUUUCCCAAGAUGGCAGCAGUACGUUGCUGGCGUAUUUUCGGUGCGCGGAGCUCUUUCCUAGAGAGAGUAAAACAGCAGAGAGUCGUCAAGGUCUUGAACUUCCCUACAACUACACCUGCACGCAAAAGCUACAAAAUUCCUACAAACCCGACGGCGGAGAAAGUUCCGUUGGUAUGGACCUGCAAUUCGGCAGUUUUGGGGAAAGACGCGGCGGAGAACCCGGAACACCGGGGUCGAGGCAGAUGAUUGAUGCUGCCUAUCUGGUGACCAUGAGGUUAACCACCGAUCACAUGACCACGUAUUCACCCAACAUUAAGUCCCGCACCCCGCCCAGGACGAUGCCGCAGUGGGAGCUCGGGGACAUCGAUUUUUCUGUUUUCCCCGUUGAGCAGGAGGACCAGUGGGGGACGGCAUUGCAGCCCAACCGCGCCUUGCGAUUCCGUCUGGCCGCACGCAGCAACAACAGCGUGCUGUCUAUUUCCGCAACGGGGCAGCCUCGAGCAGAGGCUAACUACGACGCGCAAGGGCGAGCUGCUGGCUUUUUGAACAAUGAGUCAGCCUUCAGUUCCCCAGGUCGGGCGAGCAGCAAAAAGCUCUCUCCCGUAUCGGAAGAGCGACUUGGGGGCUCAUCUGGUGGUGUGGUUUCUCUAACGUCAAAGGACAACAUGCAGAUGACAGAAAACCCCAUCAAACGGAAGAAGCGGAAGUCGUCGCGGGGCCUUCACGAUCGUGAAGGGCAGCACUGGAUGCCAAGCCCCGACCAGUCGGAAUUUGGCUUUGAUUUCAGUGACAUACCGGAGGAUCUCCUGGUUGAACAUAUGGGGAUAAACACUGAUGCUACCGAUGGGCGACAGGAACGUGCAGACGGCGAGACCGACCCCCCUCCCGCACAACCCACCGGCCCCCCGUUUCUGUUCUACCGGCAUGCCUCGGAGAUCGGGAAGCGCGUGUACCUCACGACAAGAAUGGCCGAGGUUGCGCGCCUCCACCAGUCCCACCAGGAGACGCGUUCGCAAAACGCCUCCCCAAGGCCUGGUCAACAGGGUUUGACGCCGCGGGACCCUGACAGCCUGGCGACUCCUCGCGGAGGACCUGCAGUUCAUUCCUUCGGAGCUGCUACUUCCAGCAGCGCGAAUGCGCGGACCGCGGACGAGAUCUUUACGCCGCGUGGGGGGAGAAACCUCGACCCACGACUGAAAAGUCCGCGGUCCGGGGCCAUAGCAGCCGCAAUGCAGAAGUCCGGGGGUCUACGCAAGAACUUGCUUUUUCCGCCCGGCAGUACGCCGGGACGAGGCAGCAGUGCUAGCCCCUUGCAGACUCCCCGUCGUGGAGGCGCAAGCGACGCAGGAGAGCAGCAUUGGUCGCCACCGUACCUGAACCGAAGCACCAGCAUAAGCGGGUCGAAAACCCUGCCGCGUCGCACGGACAGCGAAAACACUAUCGCGGUCCUGGAUUUGCAGCGAAAUCUGAGCAGCCCGAAGGCGGCGAAUCGCGCUGCGCGGGGUGAAGGAUCGGGGAGGGAGCGAGGAUCUUCUGGUAUGGGCGGGGGCCUGGGGCUGUUUGACGAAAGCGG